GUGGGGGGGGGGGGGGGGGGGGGGGGUUUGUCGCUUUUAGAUCAGACCGACUGUAGCUCCGCUGGGAUGGCUUAUCAUCGUGCACCGCGUUCCACCGCGUUCAGGUCUUCUCCAUCUUCUCACUUUCAAUCAAAACCAAGAUCUAGGCUGCCUUGAGGCCUCAGCGAACACGGGCCCAAAUACUUUCAGCCCGUCCCAUCUCAAUGUACAAACGUCGAGAGUUCCUACUGGAUACGCAAGAUGAUUCGGAUGAGACCCUCGUGCGAAUAUUGAUCGCAUGUCUAAUCGUCUCUUGCUACUAGUGGUUCUUCGUACAUGGGCUCGCUGGGUCAAAGCUCUUCAUCUACCCUUGUCGUCCGAGGAUGUCUUCAUGUACCUUCGUACUUCGGGCUGGCCUCGUUCGCGACAACGUGUUCACCUUACUUGUCUUAUCUUCCCAAACUCCACGACCUUUCCCAAGUCCCUACUGGUCAAAUAGAAGUCUAUGUAAGUAUGGGGGCAGAUAUGGUUGCAGUCUUGAAAGGCUUGCUUGUGAUCGAGAUGUUCUUCUGGUCUACAUUGUGGGCCGUAAAACUGAGCCUUCUCUGCAUGUUCCAGAAACUCACCAUUGGGCUAUCAACAUAUACGAAGAUUUGGUGGGGAGUGAUGGCUUUUACCAUAAUUACAUUUGUGGGAUGCGUAAUCAGCGCUUUUACCAGCUGUUCAAGUUUGCAUGCUUUGUUCAACCCCGGUGAUGAGUGUUCUAAGCCAAGAGGUGAGAUCGCAAUGGCCGCAAGCCUCUGGUAUGGUUUCGCUGCUGGUCUCCUUACUGAUUUAAUGAUCAUGGCUAUUCCUGUUCAUAUUUUGUACACCAUACGGAUCUCGACAGCUCAGAAAUUCGCCGUCGGAAUCGUGUUCACAGUCGGCAUCCUUACUAUAAUUGUUGGCAUCAUCCGUAUCACUUCAAUGAAUUCGAGUUUUGAGAAGGGAGAAGUGACUACACUCUGGUCCGUUGUAGAAGGUGGAGUUGCUAUUAUUGUGGGGUUCCUGCCAUCCUUUGCCAUCUUCAUCCGGGGUCGCGUCGAAGCCUCGCGCAUACAACAUUUCGAUACCUCCCCGAAUAUGCUCAAUAAUCGAGCCUCUCCCACCCACCAAUCACGAACGAAUCCUCAAGCUCGAGUAGGAAGUUUUGUGUUUGAGGAUGAUGUCGAGCUGGCGACACCGUCCUGCGAUACCAGAAGCAAUAAGAGCUUGGUGGAUGGUCCCUGUGUUGUCACAUGAGGAUGGAAUUAGAAAUGGCAUCGAGAAAACGCCACAGAUACACAGCGGAAAGGGAGUGAGAAGCCCUGGCGUGCAGAUAAUCCCUGAGAGG